AUGGUAACAUCUCCAGGAUCUCAAGUCACGAAAGUCUUGAAAUCUGAUACUAAAAUGAAAAAGGAAGAGAGCAUCAGGACGCAUGGAUAUGUUCAUGGCCAUAUUCACAAACAUGGUGACCAUACGCAUAUUCAUGGUCAUAUCCAUAAUCAUGACCACGAUAAGCUACGAAUUACGGAUCCUAAAUUUCCUGGAGCCAAAAGAAAGGAAUGUACUGAAUUUGAUGAUGAUAUCCUUUGUAAGGAUAUUCUCUGUGGGGAGCUUGAUGACUGUUUCUUCUUGACUUGUGACGACUAUAAUGAUCAAGGCUGCAGUGAAAGUGAGUGUAUUGAAUGUGCAAAGGAAAGGAAUUUGGAAGAUGUGACGUGCUGUGAGAACUCUGAAUGCUUGCGUGCUACAACUCCUCCUGAUGAUAGUUAUAUAUGUGACACUAAAACCGCCACCUCAUUAUGUGAAUAUCCCAGUGCUCAUGAAAAUAACUUAUGCGAUCUUCAGUCAUCUAAGAUCCCCAUUUUUGAAGAUUUGAUUGAUAAAGUGUAUCAAACGUUAGACAACCAACAGCUGAAUCAAAUACAGAAGAAAGGAAUUGCAGAUCCAAGUAAGGAUUUUCAAUUGCAUUUUCCCCAUGAAUGUCAUGCUCUGGGAGAUACCAACUCUAUGAUGCACUGUGAUAGUCCUAACCAUCAUCAUUUGCAUCAAUCUUGUUUUCAUACGAUGAUUCCAAAUACAAGUUAUAACAUGGACAUGAACUCAGGUGCACCGGUGUCUGAUUAUGAUUUUUUUGUUCAAUUCGAUAAUUUCAAUCAGAUGAUAAAUAAUCAGGCUCUUUUGGACAAAAGUCCCUCAAGUGUUACUUCACAAGAUGUUGCAUCUUCAAAAACGGAAUCUUCGUUGCUACCGGCAGACCAUGAACAAAAAUAUUCUUGUCUAUGGGACAAUUGCCAAGUAAAGGUAGAUGAAGAUGAGUUUUUAAAGCAUUUGGUAGAGCAGCACAUAGCACAGCAAUAUUCGACCCCUUUCAAACACAGUGGCUAUAAAUGCGAAUGGAAUGAAUGUAGCUUUAUGGAUUCAGAUUUAGAUUCAUUGAUAUUACACAUGAACUCUCACAAAGAUCAGCAGUUCUCAACGGUUCCAGAUUUUCAGCUUCUCACUCCAGUAUCUAGUUCCUUAUCAUCCUUUGAUUCUCCUAGCAUUCUACCUAAACAGGACGAAGAUGUUAACAUUACUUCCAUGAGCAUAUUCCCAAAAAAUACAGAGCACGAAGAUCAAAGAACGGAAGGUAGUGAUAAUCAAACAAAGUCAAAAUGUAUAUGCUGCUGGCAGGUAGGAAUAGAUGAGUAUGGCCAUCCGAUAAAAUGUUCUGAAGUAUUUGAAUCGGAGAACGAACUACAGUCACAUUUAAUUAACAGCCAUAUUGGUUCUGGUAAGUCCAGUUAUUCAUGUGAUUGGGUCGGAUGUGAUAGACAUAACGGUAAAAGGUUCAUUCAGAGACAGAAACUCUUGAGGCACAUACAUAUCCACACAAAAUUUAAACCUUUUAAAUGCGAUGUUUGCGGGUCCAAGUUCGCAACUCGUCCUCUAUUGAAUCAGCAUACGAGAGUCCAUUCUGGAGAAAAACCCUAUCAAUGCUCUACAUGCAAUAAAAGAUUUGCAACAUCUUCAUCGCUCUCAAUUCAUCACAGGGUUCAUACGGGAGAAAAGCCAUUGGUUUGCAAAGUCUGUAAUAAACGAUUCAGCGAGAGUUCGAACUUGGCGAAACACAUGAAAACACAUCUUAAGCUUUUCAAAUGUGAAUCUUGUGGGGCCCAGUUUGAUGACAAAUCAAGCUAUAAUAAACAUCUAAAACUUCAUAGUGUCCAAAAUGUGAGCGAGAUGAAGUACCUUUUGCAUUCUACAACUACAUAG